CCAGCCUGCUAAGAUACUGAUAUCCAUGUGUAACCUUCAGCACCUAAAUAUGUUGCCCGUUUCGGCCGACUGCCUGAAGUUUUGUACCAGGGUGUGAAGGCUAAUCAUUUAUUGUGUACAUCGAGCAUACAAGCAAGCAGUUUUAUGGCUCCUACACAUUUUUCAAGGAUGAUCAACAUUUUAGCUCUUGUGUGCUUGGGAUUAAUCUCGAAGGUUGAAGGGCAAGCUUCACAAAUGGGAAUAGAAUUUCAGGUACAGUUCCCAUACAUGCCUGAAGGCCAACCCAUCCUAAUGAUGUACUCAACCAUGACGAAUAAAUUCGAUGUUUACGUCACGGCUCCGAUAUGGCAAAACCCCUUUUUUGAAAAAGUCGCUCUCAACCGUUUGCAGGUCACUACUUACGUGGUCCAGCGGAAAUAUUUAACAUCAAGAAGUGGCACCACCACGUCUAUUGUCGCCAAAGGAAAGUUCCAGUUUGGGAUGACGGUGUUUAUGCCGGUGUCGUUCCACUCGGCUGCCAGUUUCCUGGCCAUACCAACUUCCGGUUGGGGCGCGGAGUACUUUAUUCUGAUACCAAAGAUAGGGCCUUCGAUUGUACUCAUUUCUUUAGUUGAGGAAAAUGAAAUCAGCGUACAUUAUGCAGAACACAUUGAGCAGCUAGAAAGCCAAUUCACUGCGGAAUUACUCUCUACUAUUGUACUCAAUAGGAAGGAGGCUUACAUCAUACAGAACUGUACUGGAAGAAAGGUCGGAGAGCAACCUUUUGGAGUCACACCAGCAAAACUAACAGCGUUGUAUUCAUUUGGCGUUAUUGUUGGCACUUGCGAAGAAUACGAAUUUGAAUCAGAAUGUCGUAGAAAGAAUGUCAAGACCGCUGGUGGUGUAACGGCAGAAAUGCUUAUCCCCUCAAGGACUUGGGGAAAACAGUUUGUAUUGCCUCAAACAUUAAGGAAAUCGUGUGAACAGAGGUUACGAUUUCUAUUACAUAAGCCGAACACAGUUAUACGAAUUACUACGAACGAGCAAACACAGGUUAUAAACGUUGCCGCUGGGGGUAUUUUGGAGACCUAUCGCCUGAACUCGCAGUCAAUCGUGUACGUGAAGGCUUCCGGACAGAUCAUGGUGUACUCAGAUUACUACUACCCUUGUUUAACCGAGGGAGAUUUAAAAUUUCAAGAGCUGGUCAUGGUUGUCCCAGUCGAGCUGUUUAUGAAUGAAUACAUUUGGAGCACCCCUUCAGCGAGAGGCUUCGCACCAUCUCACUACAUCUCGAUCGUAGCACCAAUCGAUAAUUUUUCCUUUUAAUCGAUCAAAUCAAAGUCAGCUUAAAGUGGCAGCGUGACGCCAUCAAUCGCUGGCAGACGUCUUUCUCCAGAAUUGAACCGGGGUACCCACUACAUAUCGUCAGUAACAGGAUUUGCUUUCGGAAUCUACAUCGUGGGGCUUACCUCGGAGUACCAGUUCAUUCAUUCCGCAGGCUUUUAUAUUACUGACUUU